GUUUCUCUGAGAAAACCUGUUUUUGGGUUUCUCUUUCUAAGGUAAAGGAAUCAAAAUGGGGAAGAAUGGAUUGUACAUAAACGUACCGAAUGUUUUCCGGUGCCCAAUUUCGAUGGACGUGAUGAAAUCUCCCGUAAGUCUCUGCACAGGAAUCACUUAUGACCGCUCCAGCAUCCAGCACUGGCUUGAGUCCGGCCAUGAUACCUGUCCCGCCACCAUGCAGGUCCUAUCGUCCAAGGACUUCGUCCCUAACCUUACUCUUCACCGUCUGAUCAACAUGUGGGUUCAGUCUUCCACUCGCCGGCCGGAAUCUGAGUCUUCGGUGAUCUCGGAGGAGGUCGUUAAGGUUUUGAUGGAGAAGAUUGAAAGAGAGAGCUGUGUGGACUCUUUGUCUAAGGUCGUGGAGCUUGUUAGCUCUUCUGAAGAUAACCAAAGGUUCCUGGCGCGAUUCGGCGGGUUUAUUGAGGUGAUUUCCGGUGUUUUGAGGAAGAAAUGCGUAGAGAUCGAGGCUUUGGAGCUGGUGGUUAGUGUUUUCAAUUCGAUUUUGAGUGAAACUGGAAUCAAAGAACGGUUGAAUGGAUUGAUCCUCAAAAGCAACCAAGAAUCGGAUUGCAUUUCUUCCAUCAUUUCAAUUCUUCGGGACGGAAAACUGAAAUCUCAGAUCCAAUCUGUUCGUUUGCUGGAAUCAAUCGCAAUCGACGAAGAAUCGAAACGCAAAAUCGCCGAAUCGUCGGAAUUUUUUCCUAUCCUACUCAAUCUAAUGAGAACCAGUGCCGAUCCCACCCUAAACGACACCGUUUCAUCUCUGUUAAUCACCGUCGCCGAAACUCCCAAAGCCAAAUCCCAGCUGGUCCAAAACGGCAUCGUAUCAAUCCUCUCGUCCACCAUAACCGACCAGAACAACAAAAACCACGACAAGGCGAUGAAGCUGCUGGCGGCGGUGAGUAGUUGCAGCGAAGGGAGAUUGGCAAUAAGAGAGGACUCUAAAUGCGCUGCGGGGAUAGCGAAUAGGCUGCUGAAGGUAUCCAAAACUGCGGCGGAGGACGGGGUUACGGUGCUGUGGAGCAUGUGCUGCACGCACAAGGACGAGAGGGUGAAGGAGGCGUUGGUGAAGAGCGAUGCGGUGGCGAAGUUGCUGUUGGUGAUGCAGAGGGAAGGAGAGGAGGGGGUGGUGAGGAGGAGGUGUGCAGAUUUGAUCAAGGCAGUGAUGGCGGGAUGCAAAGGCGAGUAUUUGGCCGGUUAUCAGACCAAAACUACCCAUAUCAUGCCUUGUUGAUUGUAAAACAAUUACAGAUUUUUUUCUUUUAAAGAAAGAAAAAAAACUUCUUUUUAGAUACAUACACAGAAGCAAGGAAAUUCAAAAUACAGGUAAUGGUUAGGAAGUUAGUAAAAUUAGUUUGUUAAGAGCUGAAAUUUUUUAGAAUAGUGAACAUUUCACACCCUCAUAUAAAGAUGCAACCAUUAGGUCACAAGUUGGUGAAGUUGACGGCGGUGGGCAGAAUUCCAAGCACUUACUUUUCUCUCACCCAAACUCAAGUCCUAAGGCUUGGUAACAAGCAUUGAGGCAGAGGCCCGGUUGGUCCUUAAAACUACAUUUAAACGAGUGUGUUGUGUUGCACGUGGGACCACAUCCUAACUAUAAACUUCAAUAUCAAAA